AUGUCUGCAAAUUUGGCUGGAGGUGUCCAAUGCACAUUAAAUGUGCCUUUACUAGGAGAUGCCAUAGAUGAUGAUGAGAAGAGAGUUGUAGCCUCUGAUUCUCCAAACAAAAAUGAAGCAUCUUUUUUUCAUACAUGUCUUAAUGGAAGCAAUUCCAUUGCAGGUAUUGCAGCACAAUCAGUUGCAUAUGCAUUAGCCUCAGGAGGAUGGUUAAGUUUAGCACUAUUUUUUUCUAUUGCUGCAGUAGCAUUUUACACUGCCUUAUUAAUGAAAAGAUGCAUGGAAAAACAUUCCAACAUUAAAACAUUUCCGGACAUGGGUGAACGUGCAUUUGGAAAAACAGGAAAAUUAAUAGCAGAAAUAUCAAUGUAUACUGAGCUCUACAUGGUUUCGAUAGGUUUUUUGAUUCUUGAAGGAGACAAUUUGAGUAACUUAUUUUCUAUUCAAGAGUUUCAAGUGGCUGGUAUAUCAAUUGGUGCAAAGCAAUUCUUUGUGAUAUUAGUUGCACUAAUUAUUUUUCCGACGAUUUGUUUGGAAAAUCUGAGUUUGAUUUCUUAUGUAUCUGCAAGUGGUGUCUUUGCUUCUGCAGUUAUUGUAUUGUCAGUAGCAUGGACUGCAGCAUUUGAUGGAGUUGGUGUUCAUCAAAAGGGUGAUUUAUUAAAUUGGAAUGGUAUUCCUACAGCUGUUAGCUUGUAUAUGUAUUGCUAUAGUGCACAUCCCAUUUUUCCAGUUCUCUACACUUCCAUGAAGAACAAACGUCAAUUCUCAAAUGUCCUGUGUGUAUGCUUUAUGUUUGCAACAGCUACUUUUGCGUCAAUCGCUAUAAUUGGUUACUUGAUGUUUGGUUCAAAAGUUGAAUCGCAAAUAACAUUAAGCUUACCGUUAAAUAAAAUAAGUUCAAAAAUAGCGAUUUACACAACCUUGGUGACUCCAUUGUCUAAGUUUUCUUUGAUGAUAUUACCAAUUACAAACGCUUUAAAAGAGUUACUUCCAAAGAGUUACAAGAAUAAUAAAAUGGCCAACAUCUUUUUGAGUAUUAUUCUUCUAAUUAGUAUGGUGAUUGUUACAUUGGCUCUUCCAUUUUUUGGAUCUCUCAUGGCAUUGGUUGGAGCAUUUCUAAGUGUCUUGGCUUCUUUUCUGCUUCCUUGCUCGUGUUACUUGAAGAUUUCUGGAACUUACAGAAACUUUGGGUUUGAAACAAUGGCCAUAAUGAUAAUAAUAUUGGUAGCUAUAUUAAUGGGAAUAUGUGGGACAUAUACUUCAGUUGUUGAACUAGUACAAAAGUCUUCUAACAAAUAG